CAGCGCCCCCUUUUCCUUCCGCUUCCGACACGCACUGUCAGUCGAGCUGGUUAUGUGCGGCAAUAACAUGUCUGCUCCGCUUCCCGCCAUCGUGCCCGCCGCCCGCAAGGCCACCGCUGCGGUGGUUUUCCUUCAUGGAUUGGGAGAUACAGGGCAUGGAUGGGCAGAAGCCUUUGCUGGUAUCAGAAGUUCACAUAUCAAAUAUAUCUGUCCACAUGCACCAGUUAUGCCUGUAACAUUUAAUAUGAGCAUGGCUAUGCCUUCUUGGUUUGAUAUUACUGGGCUUUCACCAGAUUCACGGGAAGAUGAACCUGGAAUUAAAAAAGCAGCAGAAAAUAUAAAGGCUUUGAUAGAUCAAGAGAUGAAGAAUGGCAUUCCUUCUAACAGAAUUAUUCUGGGAGGAUUUUCUCAGGGAGGAGCUUUAUCUUUAUACAUUGCUCUCACCACACAGCAGAAACUGGCAGGUGUCACUGCUCUCAGUUGCUGGCUUCCACUGCGGGCUUCAUUUCCACAGGGUCUUAUUAGUGGUGUUAAUAGAGAUAUUCCUAUUCUUCAGUGCCAUGGAGAUUGUGACCUUUUAGUUCCCCUAUCGUAUGGUUCUCUUACUGCUGAAAAGCUAAAAACACUGGUAAAUCCAGCGAAUGUAACCUUCAAAACCUACGAAGGCAUGAUACACAGAUCAUGUCCACAGGAAAUGAUGGAUAUCAAGCAAUUCAUUGAUAAACUUCUACCUCCAAUUGAUUGACAACACUAAGAAGACUUGUGUAGAAGUACACACCUGCAUCAUUGUAGUAGAGUAUUAACCUUUUCCUGAACAUGAAACUUUUAAUGUCUGCAGUGUUAAAAUGUUUGCAAAACACACCAGUGACACAGACUAAAUACUAUCCCCUUGUGGGAAAAUUAUGAUCAUUAUGAUCUUUUAAGCGUCUAUACAUGUAUUUGUAAAAUAUGAUCGAGAAUAUACUAGUGUGAAGAGAGUGAAGCACCUAGAUUCUAUUCCCCAAAUGUAAUUCAGCAAAAUAAUAAAGUAUUUGAACCAGA